AACAAACCCCACACACAGACCAGACGGGGGAAGGGAAACUGAGAGCAAGCGGAGGCCGCUUCUCCGAUUGAUUUCGUUCCAUCAUCAUCAUCUCACACAGCCAAAAGACCGCGACGCGAGCCCCUGCCCCUCUCCUCGCUCGCUCCCGUCCCCCUCGCGAUUUGAUUCGUCUCCCCACCUCCCGUUCCGCUGCCCCAUGCCGCCCGCCCGCCCCCUGCGCGCCGACUCCUCUUGAUCCCGUCCCCGGGGACCACGACGCCGCCGCCAUGGCCGUCGAUUCCGACAGAGGGGAGGGGGAUUUGGAGAUUGGGUUGGCGUCGCCGGGGUCGGAGGGAGGCGUUUCGCCCGUCGCCCCAGGCCGCCGGGCGCUCGAGUCCUGCCUCUCCGGGAAGCGCCUCGACCAGUCGCCGUCGCCGUCGCGGGCGGUCAGGCGCCCCGCGCUAGUCAUGUCCAGCUCCGGGAAGCGCCUCGACCAGUCGCCCUCGCCCUCGCGCCCGGUGCUGGCCAUGUCCCGCUCCAGCAACCGCCUGGACCAGCCGCCCGGCCGCCCGGUGCUGGCCAUGUCCCGCUCCAGCAACCGCCUCGACCACUCGCCGGCGUCGUCCUCGUCCCCGACGCCGGCCAAGGGGCCGGCGCUCGUCAUGUCCGGCUCCAGCAAGCGGCUGGAGCAGUCGCUCGCGUCCCCGUCGCCGUCGCCCAAGGCCGGCGCCGCGGCGCCGCCCGUGCUGGUGCUCUCCAACUCCGGCAAGCGGAUGGACCAGGCGGGGCGGAAGAAGUACGUUAAGCAGGUGACGGGCCGACACAACGACACGGAGCUCCACCUCGCCGCGCAGCGCGGGGACCUCGACGCCGUGCGCCAGAUCAUCGCCGAAAUCGACGCUCAGAUGACCGGCACCGGCGAGGAGUUCGACAGCGAGGUGGCGGAGAUUCGCGCCGCCGUGCUCAACGAGCCCAACGAGGUCGGGGAGACCGCGCUGCUCAUCGCCGCUGAGAAAGGGUUCAUCGACGUCGUCGUCGAGCUGCUCAAGCACUCUGACAAGGAGAGCCUUGCGAGGAAGAACAAAUCAGGAUUCGAUGCUCUGCACGUCGCUGCAAAGGAAGGCCACCGAGAUAUUGUGAAGGUACUCCUGGACCAUGAUCCAUCCCUUGGGAAGACGUUUGGCCAAUCAAAUGUGACUCCUCUGAUAACUGCGGCGAUUAGAGGCCACCUCGAGGUAGUGAACCUUCUGCUGGAGCGAGUUUCUGGGUUGGUUGAACUAUCAAAGGCGAACGGAAAGAAUGCAUUGCAUUUCGCUGCCCGUCAGGGGCAUGUUGAAAUAGUUAAGUCCUUGCUAGUCAGUGAAGCUCAGCUUGCUCGGAAGACUGAUAAGAAAGGACAGACCGCUUUGCACAUGGCGGUUAAAGGAACAAGCGCUGCGGUUGUUAGAGCACUCGUGAAUGCUGAUCCGGCCAUAGUUAUGCUACCUGACAAAAAUGGCAACUUAGCUUUGCAUGUUGCCACCAGGAAGAAAAGAUCAGAGGUAUUCUUCUGCCAUGUUAGAUCUUGUGCUCAAAACGCAAUAAUUUUCUUCUUGUGUCUCACAAACUGGUGCCUGUUGCAGAUUGUGAAUGAGCUUCUGCUUCUUCCGGACAUGAACGUGAAUGCGCUGACUAGGGAUCGCAAGACUGCAUUUGACAUAGCAGAGGGUCUUCCGCUAUCAGAAGAGUCUGCAGAUAUAAAGGAUUGUUUAUCCCGUGCUGGUGCAGUGAGAGCAAAUGAUCUGAAUCAGCCUCGGGAUGAGCUGAGAAAAACAGUGACUGAGAUCAAGAAGGACGUACACACUCAACUUGAGCAAGCCAGAAAAACCAACAAAAAUGUGCAUGGCAUAGCAAAGGAACUGAGGAAGCUCCACAGGGAAGGCAUCAACAAUGCAACAAACUCUGUCACAGUUGUGGCUGUGCUCUUCGCCACAGUUGCAUUUGCUGCGAUAUUCACGGUGCCAGGAGGCAACGACGACCAUGGUGUCGCAAUAGUUGUGCAUGCGGUGUCCUUCAAGGUCUUCUUCAUCUUCAACGCCAUCGCCUUGUUCACAUCAUUAGCAGUAGUGGUGGUGCAGAUAACACUUGUUAGGGGCGAGACGAAAGCAGAGAGGCGAGUUGUGGAGGUGAUCAACAAGUUGAUGUGGCUGGCUUCUGUAUGCACCACGGUGGCAUUCAUAUCCUCCUCUUACAUAGUGGUGGGUCGGCACUUCAAGUGGGCGGCGAUGCUGGUGACCCUCAUCGGCGGGGUGAUCAUGGCCAGUGUGCUCGGUACGAUGACAUACUAUGUGGUGAAGUCCAAGCGCACGCGAUCGAUUAGGAAGAAGGUGAAGUCAACAAGGCGGAGCGGCUCAAACUCAUGGAACCACAACUCGGAGUCAGAUUCCGAGAUAGACCGGAUAUACGCCAUAUGAGGGUGAUCUCUGGUCUUCUAUGGAUCCUCAGUCUUUUCGGCGGCGCCACACGACUGGAUCGUCAGUCUUUUUGGCGGCGCCACACGACACGGAUGUAAAAAGAAAGGGAUUGGCGCUCAGAGUAAACAGCUUCGACCCUCCAGGUGCUAUGGGUUUUACCGUAUACAUUCCAAUAAGCUGGUGUCCCUAGAUCGGCAGGAGCCAGUAGGCGACGGUCGUGUUGUAUACAUCUUCUACAGAUAUAGAUUGUCAUCAUCAGAAUAUGCAUGCAGCCUGUGCUGUGCUCCCUAUGCAUGGCUGGCCUUCAUAAAAUUUCUCUCAGCCUUCUUUUUUCUACCUUUUGUUAAUAUACUGUGGUAGCAGAAUGGUCGGUAUGUGUACCUUGUAUUUCAUCUGAUAGCUGAGAAGGUUCUAGAAGCUUCUAGUGAA